UAGAAACCUAAUAUGGUGGACAAGUGGAAACCUUUUGUGUUGGUAUAAAAAAUGAGACAGAAUAUGUAACAACGUCAUUGGUGUUUAGAAGUAAAUAUUCAAUGUAGACAUAAACAAUAUUCGAGUAAUAAGGAAGUUCGAAACCGUGGCUACCGAGAUGGGCUGAAAACAAAGAAAGUUUCAUAAAUGUAAGGUCCAAAGAUUUUAGUAGCCUGUUACUUAGCUAGACUAUAUUGUUGAAAUAAACUGAAGUGACACCUCAUACGAACUUGAAGCCAUCAGUUUUAAUUAUUUUGGCUAUCAGGUCACAGUGGAGAAACAUGCCACCGUGAUGCAGGGUGAGGCACACAUCCAUAUGGAGCUAUGGUGAUGGAAGUGGAUGAGGAAUCACACAGAAGUUAUCAAGACAUCAGUGAAUCAUGCAAGAACCAUGACAAGGUAGAGUGUGAGGUUGCUGACCAUAGGAUGGACACAAUGCCUGGCUGUUCGUACGAUUCACUCAAAGAUUUGAAUUCUCGAAUAUCACAUUCACAUAGUAAAAAGGUGAUUAAACAUGCUUUGCGACAACAAGCUAAACGCCGCCGGAAGAACACGACUAUUGCGUCUGGGAACUCUGCUCCAUUACCUCGGAUUGUUGUAAAGUCAUUGUCUCCUCGACUUGAAGACAAGGAAUUUAAAGGUACAACAAAUAAUGUGAGUCUUAAACCAGCCACGAUGCGUGAAGUUCUGGCAUCAAUACCAGGGUUCAGUAUCAAGCCAAGGAAGCGUUCUACUAAGAAAUUGUCUGCUGCUGCACAGUUGGAACAAACCAAGGAAGGCUGUAUUGAUCUGGAAACUCCAGACUCUAUUUUAGUUAACACAAAUCUUCGAGCACUACUCAACAAACAUACUUUCUCAAGCCUACCACCUCUUUAUCAGUACAAGCUUGUGCAACUUCUUCCAGAUGUGGACAGAGCAGGAGUUGCAGGCCAGCCUGAUUCCUCAUUGAGAUUAAGUACUUCUGGGCUGAACAACGAAUUCUUUGCUAGAGCUUGUUUGGAGUGGAGAGAACGGCUGGCAGAAGGAGAGUUCACACCUGAAAACCAGCAGAAGCUGAAGGCUGAAGCUGAAAAGGAGAUGAGUCGUUUAGACCCAUGGAAGCUGAAACACUUUGAGCCAAUCUGGGGUGAGAAGCAUGAGCCAACCUCUGACAGUACCUCACUGCUGUUAUCAAGUCCAGCACGACCAUCGCUGAAAACAACCAUCAAGUUGAGGCCUUCAACAUCAGCAAGUAUAAGGCACAGCAAAAUAGUUCCAAGGAGACCAAGAACUGUUGGAGCUGUGACCAGAGCAAUCACCAACUACUGGGUUCGAGAGGAGGCUGAUAGCACAGCUGAUAAGCCACCCAGUCCUGCUGAGAAGAGGCCAGCAGAUCAGUCUGAGGGCAGUGGAGAAGAGAAGGAACUGCACAAGAAGUUGAGGCCUCUUUCCAGUUCUGCAGAGGAAAACUGUAUUGAUGUUGGAACUGCACACACAGUGAAUGUUGAUGAGCAUGUCUCAGGAAGUGGCGUUAGGACUGAAACAGUAGGAAACAGCAUGGGGGAUGAAGCACUGACUAAUGAGACAAACAUUACAGUAUUUAAAUCAGAGAAGGAGACUGAAGCAGCAGCUUCUGAGUCAAGUGUAAAGUGUGAAUAUGAGAAGGAUGUUGCAGCUGACAUGGUGACGCAUGAAGUAAGUGUUGCCGAGUACAAACCAGAAGAAGAUGUCACAUCUCAAUCAUCAGAAUGUGAGGUGAACGUUUCUGAGUGUGCUGUGAAGGAAGAAGACAGUGACACUGAGAAAGAAACAAAAGAUGAACAUGUUAUAUCAGGAAUUGAUACUACUGUGAAAUAUGACUCUAAAAACAAUCAAGGUGUAAGUGAAAGCAGGGACAGUGUCGAGAGAAGCGAUGAUCUGAAAAAUGACUCUUAUUCUGUGUCAGACAUCAGACCAGUAGGUAGUGAUGUAGAAACGUUACAAAGGUGUGAAACUGAGGUGGCAGCAGAAAUUAAUAGUGUGGGAUCAAAUGUUAGAAAUUCAGAAAUUCAAGACUUAGAUUUGGUUCAAGAAAUGACAGUUAAUGAUGCUGAUCACAUGACAUAUGAACCAAAUAUGGUGCCUGAACAUGAUGUAAUUCAUGAGAGUGCUGUUUUGGAUUCAACUGGCUAUAUUCUUAAAGAUGAUAGUGUGGUUCAGGACAACAGUAAUUCCAAAGAUGGUGAUAUAAAGACUGCAGUAGAUGUGUCUGGUGAAGUAGGAUCUGUCUUACAGAAUGAGGAUGAGGAUGAUGCAGAAGAGGUUCAGGCAGCUUUGAUUGCAGCAGUAGCUGGUAGUGAAGGCUGCUGCUGGGAUGUUGUAGACUCUACUGAAAAAUUGUUGGCAGAAGUUCCGCUCGUUGCAUUGGAAGCUGUUCCUGUGCCUGUAGCAGUUCCAGUGACACUAGCUGUGGUGGAAGAAGGAGAGGCAGUUGAAGAAGUGGAAGUGAUUCCCAUGCAGGAAGAACUGGAAGUUAGACUGGAAGAAGGCACAUUUCCUGUGGCUCCCGAAGAUGCAUUGUCUAUGGACUGGCCUUAUCCUAUGAAGAUGGACUCUGCUAUUGUGGCAGCAGCUUUAAUUGAUACAGGAGAUGGCACAUCAUCUGCAGUCAAGUCAACACAGGCCCAGUAUCCAGAGUACUCCACGAGUCAGGCGGUUAAACUUGAGCUGGAAGUGACACUAACACCUGAGGCUGUGACUAGUGCAGACAGUUUGGUAACGAGCACUGUAGGUGGUUCACAACACAAUACAGCUGCAUCAUCUGCACCUCUGACUGUCUCGAAGACAAAUGUUGCCACCGUGAUACCCCCCACUACAAUAGUCUGUUUGCCAUCUGCAGUUUCAACACCAAGUUUCAUCAACCACACGCAGUUGAGUAGUUGCCUGAAUGCUCCAUCAAGCAGCAGUGUUGUGAGUUCGAGCCUAACCAAGACAGCUGCUGUAGCCAGUUCUAGUGCUGUGCCCUACUUGGCCCUCAGCAGUAACACCCCCGUGCGGGCCCUCCCCACCCAGCUGCCAAAGAGCCAGGCCAAAGCUAAGCAAAGGGACUCAUCCCAGGUGAGUUCUGGUGGUUCUGGCGGAGGUAGCCGUGGUUCACGUGGUUCAUCUAACAAACCCCCACCAGGUGCCGUGAACCUUGAACGCAGCUACCAGAUCUGUCAGGCUGUGAUUCAGAAUAGCCCCAACAGAGAUCAGUUACGAUGCCAACUGAAACCACCGCCAUCCUUGCUGGCUGCCAGUGCCAGUUCUUCCAGUGGUAAUAACAAAAAGUCUGAAAGUUGUGUCCCACCUCGUGCUGCUACUCAGUAUGGAGUUGUGACAUCAUCAAGGAACGGAAGUGGACCAACUAAUAACGCCAUUAGUGGCAAGCCCUUCCCACCAACACUUCCUGCACCAGGUGGCUAUCCUGUAGUUCCUGGCAGCAAUGGUCUUGGUGUGGCAAAACCUGUAACAUCAGUGGGUGGCCAGGGAAAGGUGUCUAGUUCACGGGGUGGAACGUACCAUCAGAGACAACAGUCACCACCAGUGGUUGUGCGUCAUGUGUUCACUUCUUCUCAAGGCAUUCCUGUUACAAUGGCUGUUUUACCCCAGUCACAAGCCCCUCCAGAGGUAGCUGAGAGUCCUGGAGCACAGCUUGGCCAUGUGGGCCAGUACAUUCUGGUGCAGCGCACAGGAGUGGGUGACCAACCAGAAACAGUGCAGGUGAUGCUGAACAGUGGACAAAAGGGGGCUCCUCCUCCACCACGUGCCUCAAGUGCACCCCCUUCCAACAACCAAGUGAGCAGCGGAGGAGGACGUCUGGGGUUGGGGCGUGGCCGUCCAGCUAGUGUGGAUGUCGAACGCUCACAACUGGUGGCAGCAGCUUCGCAGCAGCAGCAUGGGGUGGGGUAUGUCACAAAUAAAUAUGGUGAACAUUUUGUAGUACAUUGUCCCAAUCCAGGUACUCAGGCCAUCACACGGAAGGACAGGCUAGGGGACAGUGGUAGCAGCAUGCAGUAUGGUGAUGUGGGGUCAGAUUCUGCUGUUCAGAAUUACACUGUUGGUGAUAUUGCCAUAAUGGAACAGUCUGUGACUAACUCAUACUCACAACAGCCAGUAGUAUUACAGGGAGGAGGGAGAGUUGCCCCAAGGCACACCCACAAUAAUCAUAUCUCAAUGCCACGAACAGAUCCUUCCCAGUGUGCUUGCAAUCUGAAAGCUAUGAUAAUGUGCAAGAAGUGUGGAGCUUUCUGUCACGAUGACUGCAUCGGACCUUCUCGUCUCUGUGUGACUUGCCUUAUCAGGUGAAUUGUAUUACUCAUGUGUGUUAAUAUAGCCAGCUUGUGACUGCAUACUUUCCUAUGACUGAAUUUGUGUAAAGUACUUAUUUUGUGUAGAAAUUAGAAAUCAUGUCAUAUAAUAUGUAGAUACUCUGUGUCAUCUUGUAAUAUAUACUGUGGAAUAUGCAAUAUCGAAGAUUGUAUUUGUGUCUUCCACUCUUCCUCCUCAUUAGGUACUGUGCAUUUUUGUUAUAAAGUGGUUGUGUUUUGAUAUAUCUCCUCUUUACCAUUUCAUCAGAGUUCUCUUAUAAAGACAUGAAUGUGGAAUGAAUGCUGUUCUUUUCAAGUUUUAGAGCAAUAGUUGAUCUUUUAGUUGUUACAAUUUGUGUCUUUCCUGUUUUUUAUUCCCAAACCAGUUUGCAGACACCAUGUUUGCACUGCAUUGAUUUUGCAGUGUAUACAAAAUGAACUACCUCAGAUAUGCCUGUAGUCUAGAAUUAUGGAAGCCAUGUUUCGUUUACAAUGGAAGUGAAUGAGU